AUGGCUGUUAAAAAUAAUUCCCAGAUUCACUGGGAGAAAUUCAAAGAAAUACGUAACAAAGUCAAUUCAGAACUAACUAAAGCUAAAACAGCAUUUUUCCGUAACAAAUUUGAGAACUGCGCACAAUCGAAAGAUAUGAAACAUAGUUGGAAGUUAAUUAAUAUUCUCUUAG